AUGGACGUCUACCGGCAGGCUAGUGAAAUUGUGUGCGCCGUGCGUGAAGGAAAUGGCACGGCGAAGGCUCUCUGCCUCCGGAAGGAGAUGCAGAAGAAGAAGCAGACAUAUGCGGUGGUCUGCGAGACGCUGCGGCACUACGACCUCUUGCAGGACGUGCUUGACCAGGCAAAGUUCUUCAAGUACUACCCGCGUGCCAACAAGGGGUUUGCCAUCUGCAUGGCCUACGACGUUGUGCUGGGAAAGGGACUGAACACCAACCGCGACACGACGGCACAGGCGAUCAAAAAGUCCGCGCCGUACUUGCGGGAGGCGUAUUGGCACGUGAAGAAGCAUCACGUUAUCCCCUCACGUGCACAUGAGCCCUUCACUGAGGACAGUAACGGUGGGAGCAGGAAUGAUGAGGUUGAUAAUAACGAGGACAAUUACAAUCGCCGCUGCACGCUCACUCAGCAAUGCUUUUCUGGCGAUUCGGACAGGGCGGCUGCGGUGCCAGAGCUGCAGAUUCCACGGUAUGCGCGAGUGAAUACGUUGAAGAUUGACGUGGUUACUUUAGUGGAGCGUCUCCACCGCGCUGCUGAGAAGCGUGGCCGUGAAGAUGACGGAAGCCAAGGGAAGGAACAACAACGAAAAGAGAAAAAAACCCAUCAUAUGAAAGGGUUUCGUCUGUUGUCGGCCUUCACUAUGGAUCCUGUGGUGCCGUCGCUGCUUGUAUUCCCAGCAGGCACCGACCUGCACGCUCACCCGGCGGUGCGCAGCGGUCAACUCAUCCUGCAGGAUCGUGCAUCGUGUCUUCCCGCAUGUAUUCUGCUGGACGCGGUAGAGGUGGUUAGGCCGUCAUCCGCUGGGGCCGGUGCACCGCUGGAGUACAUCGUUGACGCCUGUGCCGCCCCUGGCAACAAGACGACACAUCUCGCAGCGUUGGGCGCCCCACACGUGAAAAUAAUGGCGGUCGAGCGCGAUGAGAAGCGUGCGGACCUUCUUUUCCGCCGUGUGCAGAGCCUCGGAGCCAGCGACUAUGUGAAUGUUGUCAACUUGGACUUUUUCCAGAUGUCCUCAGCGGAUCGUGAGGCAACGGAGGGGAUUCUGCUGGACCCAAGCUGCAGCGCUAGUGGGGUGUUGACGCGCGUGGAUGUGUCGCUUAUGCGGCAGCGCCAGGCCCGUGUGGCCGAAGUCGGUGAAAACAACAGGGGUGAGGAUGGAGCUGGCAACAAUGAGACGUGGGCCAUCAGCCCAGAAGAACAUGGUACCGAAUUUGCCAGCAACGCCGAUCGGGUCAUGGGCCUUGCGCGUCUGCAGCGGAAGCUUCUGGCGCAUGCCCUGCUCUCAUUUGACAAUUGUCGUACGGUCGUGUACUCAACAUGCUCCGUUCACGUGGAGGAAAACGAGCUUGUGGUGCGGCAGGUGCUGGAGGACACGCGGGUGCAGGCACGUGGCUGGGCGUUGAGCAACAUCAUGCCAACAACAUGGAAAACACGUGGGCAGAAAACGGAAGGCGACACAUUCCCACUGGACCACACCAUCCGUUGCGACCCCGUCGCGGACGCCACUAACGGAUUUUACGUGGCUCGCUUUGACCGCGCCGUUUAA